CACCUGAGAGGCGGCCGCAAGCAGCGCGGUGACACCGGCACAGAUAUGGCAGACCUCAGCGCGACCUGGGAGCGUGAGUUGCUGGAGCAAUUCUCCUGCCUGACUGCCGCCACAGACGAGGAGCCCCAUCUGAAUACAGCAGAUAUUACUUCGGAAAGCAGCGACAACACAACGGGCUUAUUGCAUUUAAGUGAUGAAGUUCUCCUGGUUAUACUCAGGAACUUGGACCCAGUGUCGCUGCUGAGGCUCGGCAGCACGUGCAGCUUAUUGUUCCGAGUUUGUUCGUGCAACUUUCUGUGGACCACACACUUCCAGGAUUCGUUUGGGGUCAGUCUGACAUAUACCCACGCCCGGUGUCCCGUAACGGCCAAAACCGCCUUCCGUCUGGUUUUUAUGUGGAGAUCCCUCUUCAGAAACAUCCACUGUAACCGUGCGUUUCAGGAGAAACUCUUUGUGGAGAUCCCGCUCGCGCCGCACAAGUACUGGAUCCAGUGGCUCGUGUUGGAGGAAAGCGUUCCCUUGCCUUCAGUGCGACUUCCCUGCAGCGAUGUGGAGAAACUGUGGGGAAUCACUGCAGAUUUGUUCCAGGACAAACUCCAUGAGAAAACUGAAGAUUGUGACAACCUCAAGUUUGAAUGGAGAGAGCUGUAUCAUCUUGCACUGAAGCAUCAUGGUAGUGUCUCACUGGUCUUUCAGCAUGUUCUCCGCCAGCACCAAAACAGUGGGAUUCAGACUGUCGGAAACUACUUCUCCAUGUGCAAGUCUCUCGUGGCCUGGAUCUUGGGCCGCGACUGGGGCCGACUGAAGCGAAGAAAGGUUUAUGAAGACACACUGGAGGGUGUGUAUCUUCUGCUGAGACGGGAGAUGCAGGAGACGCUCAUCGAGCACGAGCGCUUCUGGCAGGUAGCCAAAGUCCAGAUGACCCGUGUCUGUACGCUGGAGGAGACGGCUGCAAAUUAUGUCAACUGGAAAAUGAUUGAGUCGCUCCCCUACUACAAGCUGUAUCUGGUGUCUGGUAAUUCAGUGUACCUGGAUCACGUUCAAGGUUUCUUGCGUAGAAAGAGGCUGAUCUGGGAUUGGAUUUACUUGGAGGAGAACGGCUGGGCGAGACAGUUGCUGCCUGAAUCGCUCUACACGCUGCUGGAGUUUGACACCAAGAUCUCUCAAGAGAGUUUGCACGGGGACUGUGUGACGGCGCAGCUGAGUCGACUCAUGUGGCUGUACCUGAACUCUGGCCAGGAGCUCUUUCUGCAGGCGCUGAAGGGAAUGGUGCUGCAGUGCGCUCAGGCCUGUCUCAGCCAUCUCAACACGCUUCAGGCCUGACCUCAUACACUCACACAAACCUUUUAAGUGUUUUAACUGCCUUUUUAUAACAUGCCUAUGAUUGAUUUUUUUUAAACUGUUUUUAGACUUAUUUUUUUGCAACCUUCACUUUAAGUUGUCAGUCCUCCGGUUUUAGUGCACAAAAUCAUUCAUUCUCAAUUUAUGUCUGAGUAAAUGCAGUGCACAUACAACGAUAAUCGUUUUAGCAUGCCAAAUGAUCUCGUCUCCUUUUGAGAUGCUUUUAUUGUAACUAUCAUGUGACUUUUUACUUGGGUUGAUCUUACCAUGGUAGACUGCAGGGUUGCUGAUUUAUUAAAGCACCUCUAUGCUCCA